CGUUUGUUAUUAAACCUCCAGCGCCUGCUGACAGACGCUGGGCCGGACUCCACUGUGUUUCUAACAUCGGGUUACUUUAACCUGACCCGGGCGUACAUGCGGCUGGUGCUCGGGGCCGGAGCCAGCUACCGCAUCCUCACCGCCUCCCCCGAGGUCAACGGGUUCUUUGGAGCCAAGGGUGUCGCCGGGGCGAUUCCUGCAGCUUACAUCCACAUCGCCAGACAGUUUUAUAACCAGGUGUGCCAGCUGGGCCAGCAGGAGAGAGUACACCUGCACGAGUACCACCGGUCACAGUGGACCUUCCACGCCAAAGGUCUGUGGUAUUACCUCCAGGGGCAGGAUCGGCCUUGCCUCACUCUAAUUGGCUCCCCUAAUUUCGGUUACCGCUCGGUUCACCGUGACCUGGAGGCCCAGAUCGCUAUAGUAACGGAGAACGAGGAGCUGCAGAGCCAGCUGCAGGAGGAGCAGGAGAUGCUGUACCAGCGCUCCACCGAGGUGUCCAACUCCACGUUUGAACGGCCGGACCGCCACGUCAAACUGUGGGUGAAACUAGUUACACCCCUCAUCAAGAACUUCUUCUGAGACUCCACCAGGUGGUUACACACGUACACUGUCAAAGAGGAUAUUGGUCAUGCACAUCCAAAAACUGUGUAAGGCAGGUAAAAAAAAACACA